UCCUGAUUAUGAUUAAAGGUUUCACUAAACUCACCCAAAUUCUAUGGUCACCAACUGAUGAGCACACAUUUUUGGUUCUGUGCAUCAGUUGUGAAUUGAAUGCACCACUAGUCUACUCUACCAUAUCCCAAACAAGCAUCAAACCCAGAAACUAUAUCUGCUUCAGUUGGCUUGGCCUCACCAACAGGAUAUGACGAGCAUUAUUUCAAGCCACCAUUGUAAUUGGUCAUUUGGGAUUCAAGAGAACGCUAACACAGGAUUCAACAAAGUUCUGCUUCCUGGAUAUACUUCACAUUUUCCUUCAAGAGGAUUCGUUUUUUCCAAUGGUAACUAUCACAUUCGUUGUCAAACUGAUCGGAGAUGUAGGCCUAUUUUCUCCAGUACGGUAGAUGACAUAAAUCCAGAUGACUCUGAAGAUGAAAAGGAUGCGAAGGAAAAUUCCAAAGCUGAAGCUGGAGGGGGGAAUAAUGAAAUGGUCAGAGAGAAUCUUGAAAGACUUGUUGGUACAGAUGACUCCAGCUUUAGUGGGAUAGACCUGGCAACUCUUAUUAGGAACAAGUAUGGGAGGUCCUAUGAUGUUCAACUGAUAAAGAAGGAGUUCCUGGGAAGAAACCUCUUGGCUAUGAAUGUGAUGUGGAAGUACAGGGAGCAGAGAUCCUUUCCACUGACUGAAGAAGAGUAUCUAUUGAGGCUUGAUGAUGUUGCAAACAACUUGAAGUGCUGGGGAGCUGUGUCACAUAUCAGAAACAGCCUAGCAACGGUGAAAGAGAGGCCUCGGAUAGGAAAGGCUGUUAGCAUUUUUAUAGAUAUGGACGGGUCUGGAGGCCGUGCAAAUGAAUGGAUUUACAAGUAAACAGGCAAAUGAAUGGAUUUACAAGUAAAUCACGUGGGAUACCAGCAGAAUGUAAUUUUCAUCGAGAUUAAUCGGCCAAUACAUCGUAGAAAGUUAUUUGAAGAUGAACACAAACAAAUGUUAAAUAUGAUUAGGUAAAAGUGUGAUGUCUGAUAUGUGCUUAAAUAUAGUUAAAUAUAUAAUUAGUGGAUGUCUUCUUGACCAGAAGUCCAUGGCCGAUCCCUUGUAAUUUCACCUCUACAUGAGUCAUCAUUUUCGGUGGAAAUUUCGACCUGCUAGUGGUAGGAAAACAUACCUAGCAUAAAAAAUGUAAUCUUCUUUCACAUUUUCAUUGCUUAUUACUUCAGUCUAGUCAACUACCUUGAAAUUUUCUAUUCAA